AUGGCUUUGUUCAGCAGGUUCCAAUCCACUCAUCAAAGGGUUAUAGGAAUAGAUUUGGGAACCACCAACUCUGCAGUUGCAAUUGUCCAGGGACAAGAUGCAAAGAUUCUUGAAAACGAAGAAGGAGGUAGAACAACGCCAUCGAUCGUGGCAUUCGAUGAAAGAGAUCCGGCCAACACCAAGACGUUGGUGGGCUUGCCGGCGAAGAGACAAGCAGUUAUCAAUUCGCAAAACACAUUCUUCGCUACCAAGAGAUUAAUUGGAAGACAAUUUGAAGAUGAAGAAGUUCAAGAGGACUUGACCAAUACUUCGUACACCAUCAUUCCUAGCGAAAAUGGUGAAGCCUGGUUGUCAACAGUUAACGGGCUAAAGUUGUCACCAUCCCACAUCAGCAGUUACAUCUUACAGAACAUGAAACAAGUUGCUGAUAUCCAUUUAUCUGAACCUGUAAACCAUGCGGUGGUAACGGUUCCAGCCUACUUCAAUGAUGCUCAGAGACAAGCCACAAAAGCUGCUGGAAAACUUGCUGGGCUCGAAGUAUUAAGGGUUGUCAAUGAACCAACGGCUGCGGCCCUAGCGUAUGGUAUUGAUAAAAGACAAAAGGACGGAGUGGUGGCCGUGUUUGAUUUGGGAGGAGGAACGUUCGAUAUAUCGAUCUUAGACAUCGAAGAUGGGGUUUUUGAGGUGAGAGCUACAAACGGUAAUACCCAUUUGGGAGGAGAAGACUUUGAUAUGUUGUUGUUGAAUUUCAUCAUUGAUCAUUUCAAGACGCAAAAUGGUAUUGACUUACUGACCGAUAAGUUGGCCGUACAAAGAAUCAGGGAAGCUGCUGAAAAGUGUAAGAUUGAGUUGAGUCAUGUUAAGGAAACCGAGAUUAAUAUUCCUUUCAUCAAAGACGAUAAGCAUAUUAAACUCAAAUUGACUGAAGAUGAGCUUGAUGCAAUGUCUUUGCACUUAAUCAACAAAACAAUAGACCCUGUGAAAAGGUGUAUCAGAGAUGCUGACUUGAAGAUCAAGGAUGUGGAUGAAGUGAUCUUGGUGGGUGGUAUGACUAGAAUGCCUAAGGUACGAAAGACUGUUGAGGAGUUGUUUGGAAAGAAACCGAACACUUCAGUGAAUCCGGAUGAAGCUGUGGCCUUAGGUGCUGCUAUUCAAGGGGCCAUAUUAUCAGGCCAAAUCAAAAAUGUUGUCCUUUUGGAUGUAACUCCCUUAUCAUUGGGCAUUGAGACAUACGGAGGAAUUUUUAGUCCUUUGAUUCCUAGGAAUGCUGCUAUUCCCAUCAAGAAGGAGCAAGUGUUUUCCACCGCUGUAGAUGGUCAAACUGGGGUGGAAAUCAAAGUGUAUCAGGGUGAAAGAACAUUGGUUAAAGACAACAAGUUGAUCGGACACUUCAAAUUGUCUAAUAUUCCAGUAAGCCCAAAAGGUGUUCCUCAGAUUGGUGUUACUUUCGAAAUAGAUGCUGACGGUAUUAUAAAUGUUAGUGCAUCUGACAAUACAAAGUAUUCUGAAGACCUGCCACACUACGGUAAAAGUAAUACUGUUUCUAUAACUGUUGCAGGGGAAAAUGAAUUGACCGAACAAGAAGUUCAAAGAUUGUUGGAAGAAAGUGCAAAAAAUGCUAAAAGAGAUAUGGAAUUGAAACAACAUAUCGAAAACGCUACAAGAGCCGAGGUUAUCUGCUCUGAUACCGACAAUGCAUUGAUCCAAUUUGAUGAUUUCAUGGAGCAAGAGGAGAAACUGGUUAUAGUUCAGAUGGUGAAAGACUUGAGAGUCAAAAUCGACGAUAUUAGAGAACGGAAUAUCAUCCACGAUCCCCAAGAAAUCAGAAACGAUGUUAACGAAUUGCAAAAGGUUUGCUUGGCAGCAAUCCAAAAGGUUGCAAUUAAGCAGCAACAACUUCAAAAGAAAACUAAGAAGGAAUAG